AUGAGGAUGGCGGAUGACGGUGAUGAUGUGCUGGGGCACAUCAAUAAGAUCAAGACUCUUGCGGAGCAGCUCAAUGCGGUCGGCAAUACGGCUAGCGAGGAUGACUAA